CGCUGUAUUUUUAUAGUACUAUUGUAUUACCGACUAAAUGAACGCAGCUAAAAUUACUUCGAAUAAGAAGCGCGCUGGUUCAUUUCCGUUUCUUUUUGACCAAUACACAAACACUUUCAGAACCCAAAGUCCUCUCACCUAAUUCGGUAAUCAUCGUCUGCUUCAACAGUUUUUCUACCCUUUCGAUCGCUUUUGGUUGAUGAUUAUGUACUUGACGCUGCUUGUUUUGGGCGUUUGAUUGAUGGAAUUAUUGGCGAGAGAUUUCUGAUUUUCUUGGAUUUUUUUUUUGUUGAAGAUGGAAAGUGCGGGUUUGGGUCAGCUCACGGGCUCGGAGAUUCAUGGGUUCCAUACGAUGAAAGGUAUGCUGCGCGAUUCUGGUGAAUUUUUGGGUACAAUCAGAUUUAGAUUUUGGAAACAUAAUGAAGGAAGCCGGAAUGAGAUGGCUCCGCCCGAAUGAGAUUCAGGCAAUACUUUGUAAUUACAAGUAUUUCAGCGUUAGUGUGAAGCCAGUACACUUGCCCAAAAGUGGUACUAUUGUAUUGUUCGAUCGCAGAAUGCUUAGGAAUUUUCGCAAAGACGGUCAUAACUGGAGAAAGAAAACUGAUGGAAAGACAGUUAAGGAAGCACAUGAACACUUGAAAGUUGGUAAUGAAGAAAGGAUUCAUGUAUACUAUGCACGUGGUGAAGAUAACCCAAGCUUUUCUCGCAGAUGUUAUUGGCUGCUUGACAAGUCUCUAGAGCACAUAGUCCUUGUCCACUAUCGUGACCAGGAGUUGCUGGGUUCUCCAGUCACACCUGUCAACUCAAAUUCUACUUCUGUCUCUCUCAACUCAGCUCCUCCACUUUUAUUGGAAUUUGAUUCUGGAGCGGGUCAUGCAUGUAAACAAUUAGAGCCUCAUGAUAGUUUAACUGUCAGAAGUCAUGAAAUGAGGCUUCAUGAGCUCAACACACUUGAAUGGGAUGAGCUGGUUGCAAAUGAUGCUGACAAUCUCACAGCAUCUAAUGGAGGCAAGGUUCUAUAUUCAGACAAGCAGAAUCAAACUACAUUUUGUGGGUCCAUGAAUGAUGGUAGCCAAGUUCCAUCGUACAAUUUAUUAGCUGAAGUUUCUUUACUGGGAAAUUUAGAUCAGCCAGUAGCUAGCAGUGAAAUAAAUCAAUUAAAUGUUCCGGAUAGUAUUAACAGUCAGACAAUGUGGGGUCAAGUUAACUCAAAUGUGCAGAGAAGGAAUUCUGGAACAGUGGAAGCCUGUGAUUCUAUGGACAUUUUGGUCAAUGAUGGUUUGCAAAGUCAGGACAGUUUUGGUAGGUUGAUGAACGACAUCAUAAGUGACUCUCCACGUUCCAUAGAAGAUCCUGUGCUUGAAUCUUCAUUUCCUUCUGGUCAUGAUUCAUUCAGCCCUUCCAUGGUGGAUCAACAUCAUUAUUCUGAGACAGAGAAAAUAUUUACCAUAACUGAUAUCUCACCUGCAUGGGCAUUUUCAACUGAAAAUACUAAGAUUCUAGUCACUGGAGUUUUUCAGGAGCAGUACCUACACCUGAUGAAGUCCAAAUUAUUUUGUGUCUGCGAUGGAGUUUGUAUUCCUGCAGAAAUUGUUCAGAUAGGGGUUUAUCGUUGUUUUCUGCCCCCUCAUUCCCCUAAUUUAGUAAAUCUCUAUAUGAGUCUUGAUGGCCAAAAACCCAUUAGCCAAAUUCUGAAUUUUGAUUACCGUGCUCCUUCACUGCCUGAUCCAAUAGUUGCAUCAGAGGAGAAGACCGAGUGGGAAGAGUUCCAGGUCCAGAUGAGGCUUGCUUAUUUGCUUUUCUCCACAUCUAAAAGUGUUAACAUCUUACAUAAUAAAGUGUCACCAAAUGCCCUGAAAGAGGCUAAAAAGUUUUCCAGCAAAACCUCUUCAAUUGCCAAUAGUUGGGCAUAUAUGAUCAACUCAAUUGAAGACAACAAAGUUUCGCAUUCACAAGCAAAAUGUGUUCUGUUAGAAGUCAUAGUGAAGAAUAAACUAAAAGAAUGGUUGUUGGAAAGAGUAGUUGAACGCUCUAGAACGACUGAAUAUGAUGCUCUAGGUCAAGGAGUAAUCCAUUUGUGUGCCAUACUUGGAUAUACAUGGGCUGUAUAUCUAUUUUCUUUGUCGGGCUUAUCCCUGGAUUUCCGUGACAAAUAUGGAUGGACAGCUCUUCAUUGGGCAGCCUAUCAUGGAAGGGAGAAAAUGGUUGCAGUCCUUUUAUCAGCUGGAGCAAAGCCAAACUUGGUCACAGACCCCACUCCUGAUAAUCCUGGUGGAUGCACUGCUGCUGAUCUUGCAUCUAUACAGGGCCAUGAUGGCUUGGCGGCAUAUCUUUCGGAAAAGGCUCUUGUUGAACAUUUCAAGGAUAUGUCUAUGGCCGGAAAUGCUAGUGGCACAUUACAAGCUAGCACAAGUGAUGUAGUAAACUCUGAAAACCUCAGCGAGGAGGAGCUAUAUCUGAAGGAUACCUUGGCAGCAUAUCGUACAGCUGCUGAUGCAGCAGCACGAAUACAGGGUGCAUUCAGGGAGCACUCAUUUAAAGUAAGGACUAAAGCAGUUAAAGUUUUUAAUCCUGAGGAGGAAGCGCGGACUAUAAUUGCAGCAAUGAAGAUACAGCAUGCCUUCCGCAAAUUUGAGACACGAAAGAAGAUGACUGCUGCUGUUCACAUCCAGCAUAGGUUUCGUACUUGGAAAAUUCGUAAAGAAUAUCUGAAUAUGCGUCGUCAGGCAAUCAGAAUUCAGGCUGCUUUCCGGGGAUUCCAAGUAAGGAGGCAGUAUCGUAAGAUUAUCUGGUCAGUUGGUGUGCUUGAGAAAGUAAUUCUGCGCUGGCGUCUAAAGAGAAAAGGUUUCCGGGGACUUGAGAUUGACCCUGUUGAGACAAUUGUAGACCAGACUCAUGAGAGUGACCCAGAAGAAGACUUCUACCGAGCCAGCCGCAAACAAGCUGAAGACCGUGUUGAGAGGUCUGUGGUUUUUGUGCAGGCCAUGUUCCGCUCGAGGAAAGCUCAACAGGAGUAUCGAAGGAUGAAGUUGGCCCAUAGUGAAGCAGAGCUUGAAUAUGAGGGGCUUCUCGCUGAUGAUACUGGUAUGUACAGUUGAAUUUGAGGUGGUUGAGUUGAGACAGCCACAGCCAUUCCAAAUGACUUAGACUUUGUAUUUACCUGUACAUAGCUGUAAAUGCCAGAAUUAAUUUAAUGUAGAUUUGAACUUCCUAUAAUUGAGCCCUUUUCUUGCC